UUCCCCUUUUUGAGAAAGCGGAGCAGAAAAGAUAAAAUGUCGUUUCAGAAAUUCUCAUCAAAAUUACUCCAAAAUUCAAUGAUAACGGGCAUUCCGAAGAUUGUGUCUGCAAACAGCCUUCAUUUGAAAGUAUUGCGCACUUUGUUUUUCUUUGUUUGCGUAGUUGGAUUUGUUCUCCAGACUUGGGAGUUUAUGCAACUCUAUAGGCGAUAUGAAACUGUUGAGAGUGUUACAGUCAGAAACACUGAUAAGUUUGAGCUACCGUCUUUCACCGUAUGUAAUGAUUAUGGAUUUAACUCAUCAUCCAUUUGUGAAGAUGCGAGAUUUAUUGAAAGAUGUCAUUUACCGGAAUUUAUGUGA